AACCGGUUUGGUCCUCCCCCGUCAGUCAGUCAGACCGAGUCCAGCAGAGAGGUGAGCCACUCCAGCCUGUCUCCUGUCACCAUGGCGCAUGUUGAGACAUCCUCUAGCAGGCCGUACCACCUGGUUAUCUUCGGAGCCUCUGGCUUCACGGGGCAGUUUGUGGUGGAGGAAGUGGCACGGACUGUGUCCGAGGGUCCGAAGGGGAACCUGAAGUGGGCCGUGGCGGGCAGAAGCAAGCAGAAGCUGGAAAAAGUUGUGGAGCAGGCCGCCGGAGUCCUCAGUAAACCUGAGCUGAGGAAAGAGGUGGACAUCAUCGUGGCAGAUGUAGGGGAGCCAGACUCCCUGGCAGCCAUGUGCAAACAGGCUGUGAUUGUUCUCAACUGUGUGGGGCCUUACAGAUUUUAUGGCGAGCCAGUGGUCAAAGCCUGUGUGGAGAAUGGAGCCCACCAUAUUGACAUCUGUGGAGAGCCUCAGUUUCUGGAGGGCAUGCAGUUGAACUACAGCAGCCAGGCAGCUGAUAAAGGUGUGUACAUCAUUGGGAGCUGUGGAUUUGACUCCAUACCUGCAGACAUGGGAGUCCUCUACACCAGGGACCAGUUCAAGGGUACACUGACCGCAGUGGAGAGCUUCCUGACUGUCAGCUCAGGACCUGAUGGCGGAUGUAUCCAUGAUGGUACGUGGCAGUCCGCCAUCUACGGUUUUUCUGACGGCCAUAAGCUCCAGAGUCUUCGGAGGAAGUUUAAUCACAAACCUCUCCCUACUUUUGGCUCUAAGCUUAAACGCAGGGGAACACUGUUCUUCAGUAAUGAGAUCCAACAGUAUACGGUGCCGUUCAUGGGCUCUGAUCCCUCUGUUGUGAAGAGAACUCAGCGGUUUGUGGCGGAGGAACAUCAGGCCACACCAGUUCAAUAUGGAGCAUAUGCAGGAAUAGGAGGCAUUGGCAACAUUAUCAAGCUGAUGUUUGCUGGCAUGAUGUUCUGGUUCUUAGUGAAGUUCAGUUUUGGACGCAAUCUGCUCAUCAAGCACCCAGAGUUUUUCUCCUUUGGACUCUUCUCUAAAGCUGGACCAACUAGAAAGCAGAUGGAAGCUUCAUCCUUCCAGUUUGCCUUCUAUGGAGAGGGAUAUCCUGAUGGUGAGGACCCCUCACACGGAAAACCUACCAGCAAGAUCCGCACGCUGGUUCAGGGGCCAGAGUGUGGAUACGUGGCCACGCCCAUUGCCAUGGUACAGGCUGCUCUAACAAUCCUCAAUGAAUCCACAGCCUUGCCCAAGAAGGGAGGAGUGUACACUCCAGGAGCUGCAUUUGCAAAAACCACCCUGGUCGACCGCCUGAACAAACACGGCAUCCAGUUCUCAGUCAUCUAAAGUCUGUCCCCACCCUGAUGCCGUACUCCAGGUUUUUCUGAGCACUUACUAAUAUGCAUAACAACAACUGGGAAGUUUCCAGCUUUAGAAGAGAGCUAUUUAAUCACAAGAGCUUUGACUAGAGAUGGAGUACACCUACAGAUGAAAAUCAAACACCAUUUUUGGUACUUUCAGCAUUUAUCCUUCAUUUGGUCAGAAACUUGCCAGUCUCCUUUUGGCAUGAAUGUACUAAUAACCCUCUGCUUGUAAGACAAAUAGCACAACUGUGGCAGUGUUUCCUAGCCAAGGACAGAAGAAGAACCGGUGUGUGUAAAUGGGUUUAACAUGGCUCUCCAAUGACAUCAUUAUUGCUAAUGUAAGAAUUUUCUAAUAUCUAAAAUUCUUUAAUGAUGCUGUAUUCACAAAAACUGGAUAAAAAGACAGUUAGUUUCUACACCUUCAUGUUGGAAUCUACCUGGGAUACUUUAACAGGUUGAUCACAAGUUAAAAAUCUCAUGUUCUCUUUCAUGACCAAUGUUGUUAAACAGCCACAGUAUAGCAAGCUGAUAGCUUCAUAAUAUCAACCAUAAUGAUUCCAGAUAAUCUUUACUGUGGCAGGAUAGAGGAUUGGUAAAGUAGCUUGAAAUCAGUGCUACAGAUGUAGUGAACUGUAAUAAAAUAUGUCCUAGGAAAAAACAACUGGCAACUGUAACAGUGGAAGAAAAGCAAACUACAAUCUUCAUGUGUUGUCCUUGUAACAUACAGUCGCUUUAUGUGCACAAGGACAUUAAUCCCUAAGUUACACUAACAUGGUAGUUGUACAUGUGUUGUUCAGUGGAGUGAAGCUGUCAAUAGAGAAUUAGAAAUCUGCUGUAUGUGCACGUACAUGCUUGUCUUUCCUGGCCUGGCCUGUUAGUUAAAAAUCCUGAUUGCUUGGUUUUUGACAGAUAGUAGUUGGACUAUCACUAAAUCAUCCUAUUUUCUUUGUUGUCUGUAUUUUGUAGUUGAAUGUUGCAACGGCUCACCUAUCCAAAUGGUUGCUUUUGAGCCUUGUCAGAAAAUGCAUCCAGUUGUUUGUGCACAAAACAGCAUGAGUAACUCCAUGAAACUGAACAGAUCCUCUCUGCUGGUUAGUUAACAAGUGUGUUAAGUUGGGUUUUUUUUUAAUGUUUUUUGCGCUCAUAUGGACUGGAAUAAGUUCACUCAAAGUGAUAAGGUUGAUCUCAGUCCAGACUCUUUUUUCACAUUUGAGCUUUAUGUGCACGCAACAGGCUAAGUUUUGGGUUUUGUUUUGGUGUGUUUUGCUUUGUAUGAACCUUAUAAAUAAAGCCAACUCUGCUAAUACAAAA